GCCGAAAUUGGUCACACUGGAGUGUCACUUUUUCUUUGUGUAAUUUUUUGUAGUGAAAAUUUUAAAUCUUAAAAACAAUUUAAACAGUAAAACAGCUCGAGUCGCAAGUGUUUCUAAUGUCGGAGAACAAGGACGAGACCCUGGCCAGUUUCCAGAACAUAACUGGCAUCGACGAUGUCGGCGAGGCCUUCUCCCACCUGGAGGCUGUCAACUGGAAUCUUAUGGAUGCCCUGAGCCGAGUCAUGCCACAUGACGAUGCGCCGCUGUCCAAUACCGUGCUAGCACCGCAGCCAGCACUCCCGAAUCCAGUGCAGCCAGGAGCUCAAUCAAACACAAACGGCUUCAGGCCUCCCAGCUACGAUGAGCUGCCAGGGCCAUCGAACGCCAGCGCCUCCAGCUUCUUUGCCUCGGCCAUGCACAACCACAACCAGAACCAGCGUCACCGAUAUCCCACGUCACAUUUGCUAGCCCAGCUGACGUCGAGCAUUAACUUGGAUCCCUCCAGUCAGAACAACAACCAGAACGUCAUGAAUUUCAACAUUAACUUCAACCAGACGCUGUUCCAAAUACGAUUGCCCUCAACAGCCACGAUUGAUCAACUGAAACGCAAAAUUUUCGAUGUGACCAAUGUGCCAGUGUGCCGCCAGAGCAUAUGCGGCUGGCCGCCAGCUAAAGCCAGCGAUGCUCAGAAAGGGGGAACACAGAUUUGCAAUUUAGAUUUGUCACCGGAGAACGAGCUGAUUCUGAUUGAUCUAACCGAAGAUGGUUUCAUGGACACAGAGCCCGAUGAGGUGCCGCAGCGAUUGGAUAAGGAUUACAACAUCAAGAUAUUGUACGAGCCGCAUGGUACCUUUACACUGAACCUAUCCGGGCGGACAACCAUCCUGGAGGUUAAAACGAAUGUCUACUACGUAAAGGAAAUACCAGUGAGACACCAAGAAUGGACUGGCUGGCCCAGUGGUUGUAAUAAUGACACAACAUUGGCGGAAUCGGGCAUUGAGCUAAAUCACCAAUUCGUUUUACGGAACCUUGCGGAACGCGCUCAAUCAAAUUCCAAUGCGGCUCUCGACGGCGAGAACCCACAGACGAUUUCCAAUUCGGCGAGCAACACAUUCGAUGUUGUGACUCUCGACAGCGAGAGCUCAGCGGAUGAGUUUGAGGAUGCCACAGACUUCAACACCGCUGAGUACAUAUUUACAGAUUCGCCGCCCGUACAACCGCUCAACAGACAUCUAAUACCAAACAACACGGAUGAUGAGACGACCGGCUCCUCCCAGUUUGUGGAAAACUACCAGUCACGCUUUGGCGAGCCCUAUCCUGAGUUCUUUGUCGGCAGCUUAGAGAGUGCCUUGCAGCUGGCUUGCCACAAGCCUGCCAAAGAGCGCAAACUCUUGGCCAUUUACUUACAUCACGGCGAGAGCAUACUCACGAAUGUGUUCUGUGAUCAUCUGAUGAAGGCAGAGAGCAUAAUUCAGACUUUAAAGGAAAAGUUUGUGCUCUUCGGCUGGGACAUGACCUACGACAGCAACAAGGACAUGUUUCUUUCCUUGCUGACGGCUCGUAUAAGCAGCAACGCCUCACUCACGGCCAGAAACAUAAAGCUAGACAAGCUUCCGGCCAUUAUGCUAGUGGGAAAGAGCCGACAAUUGGGCAGCAACUGCGAGGUUCUCUCUGUGAUUCAUGGCAACAUUGGUCUAGAUGACUUGCUAAGUAGGCUGAUUGAGACAACCGCAAUGUACGAGGAGCAGCUGCAGGUGGAGAUACGGCAGGAGGACGAACGAGCGGCUCGCGAUCAGGUAAAGGCCGAGCAGGACAUGGCAUAUGAGGAAACCCUACAGGCUGAUAUGGCCAAAGAGGCAGCAAAGAGUCAAAAGGCGGCCGCUCAGGCAGCCGAACGUAAGCGCAUUGAGUCGGAGCGAGCUGAGGAGAACGCCAGGCGCGAGUCCAUACGUUUAGUCGCCGAACAAUCGCUACCUCUGGAGCCUGGCGAGCAGGAAGCAAGCAUUUGCAAGAUACGUGUACGAAAGCCCACGGGCGAUUUUCUAGAGCGUAGAUUCUACACUCAGAACAACUUGCAGGAUCUACUAAACUAUGUGACCGCCAAUGGGUUCCUCAUCGAAGAGUACAAACUGAUCAGCAGUUGGCCGCGUCGCGAUCUGACAGCCAUCGAAUCUAGCCAAACCCUGGCGACGCUCAAAAUGUCACCGCAGGAGACGGUCAUCCUGGAGGAGCGAUGAUUCCGUUGCGUUCCGUUCCGUGUUUAGAGUUUUCUUUUUGAGUUUCGGUUUAGUUGAUGAUGCAUUAAUAUUUGGAAAUUCUAGAGAUAUCUAUCACUUAAGUAUGAUAAUUUAAGUGGAGCCCCAGAAAGUAGACACAAAAGCGUAAAUACUACAAACACAACACACACACAUACACAUAUA